UAAAUGCGCUUGACCAGUAUCAUCCCUUACUCUUUUUCGCUUGUCUCUCCCAAUUUCAGGUCUUCUUCAAUCUCUCUUCUUAGUAACGUUUAUUUCCAUAUAUCUCUCUAUCCAGAUACAAGAAUAAACAACCCCUAAAGAAUCAACAAAAAGUUUCAGUUUUUAUAAAAAAAAUGUGGUUUUUGUAACGUUUCUUUCCAAAUCCGAGAAAAUAGUGAAAAAGAUGUCAACUUUGAAUUGACCUCUCUUUUUUUUAAUUUUAUUUUUUUGGUGAGGGGUUUGGGGGAUUCGAUGAAGAAAUUGAGAAGCUAUUACUCAAAUGUGAGACAUCAUCAGAAUCAUCAUCAUCAACAACAACAUCAGCACAAAUGGAUAUUUUUCCCUCUUUUGAUUGGUUCAAUCUUCGCUUUGUUCUUACUCUUCCUCACAACCCUAACUUCACCAUCCGGAGCCAGGUUCCUCCCUUUUACCCGACCCGUUUUGUUAUCCGGAUCUGGCUCUUCAGCUUUCGUUGAAUCCAAGAUCAAACCUCAACAAGUCUCAUCACUCCCUUCGCCCCCACGUUUUGCUUACUUGGUUUCUGGAUCCGCCGGCGACGGCAAAUCCCUCCGGCGAACUCUUUUGGCUCUUUACCAUCCGAAUAACCGGUACGUUGUUCAUUUGGACAGAGAGUCUUCUCAUGAGGAGAGAGAGGAGCUUCAUGGGUACAUCAAGAACUCGUCUUUGUUCUCGAGGUUUAUGAAUGUUCAUAUGAUUGAGAAAGCUAACCUUGUCACGUAUCGUGGGCCUACCAUGGUUGCCAAUACACUUCACGCUGCUGCGAUUUUGCUUAGGGAAGGAGCUGAUUGGGAUUGGUUUAUUAAUCUUAGCUCAUCAGAUUAUCCUCUAGUGACUCAAGAUGAUUUGUUGCAUAUCUUUUCGCAUUUGCCGCGGGAUUUGAACUUCAUUGAUCAUACGAGUAACAUUGGAUGGAAAGCAUCACAAAGAGCUAAACCAGUGAUUAUAGAUCCAGGACUGUAUUUGAACAAGAAGUCUGAUGUUUUUUGGGUUACUCAAAGACGAAGCAUCCCAACAGCAUUCAAGCUCUUCACAGGCUCUGCUUGGAUGGCGUUAUCACGGCCAUUCAUCGACUACUGUAUAUGGGGUUGGGAUAAUCUACCUCGUAUUGUCUUAAUGUAUUACUCGAAUUUUCUCUCUUCUCCGGAAGGAUAUUUUCAUACUGUUCUCUGCAACGCUGAGGAAUUCAGAAACACGACAGUAAAUAGCGACCUGCACUACAUUGCGUGGGACAAUCCGCCUAAGCAGCAUCCACACCAUCUCAACCUUGCAGACAUGACUAAAAUGGUAAAUAGCAAUGCCCCGUUUGCAAGAAAAUUCAGAAGAGAAGAUCCUGUACUUGAUAAGAUCGAUGAUGAGCUGCUUAAUAGAGGUUCUGGGAUGGCUACACCUGGAGGUUGGUGCAUUGGAAGCAAUGAGAAUGGGAGUGACCCUUGUGCUGUUAUUGGUGACACUAAUGUUAUCAGGCCUGGUCCAGGCGCUAAGCGGUUAGAGAAUCUGGUCACUUGGUUAUUAUCCACUGAGAAUUUCAGACCAAAACAGUGCAAGUGAUCUAAAUAUCUUAGAGAACGCCAUCAAAGAGAUUGGUUGAGUGUAGCAGCCUUGAUUAUUUGGGAUUAGAUGUGAUUUAGGAUCUGAUAGAAUCCCUCAGUUAGUCAAGAAUAUAAGUGAAGAUACAGAACAAUUAGGCUAUGGCUGUGGGAAGUAUUUGUCUUGUUGCUCUACACAACAUGCCUUGUUAAGGUAUUGUUGUAGUUGGCACAUUUUUCUCAGAUUUAUCAGAUUGGAAUUUUGAGAUGUUGAAGUGUUCCCUUUGUGAAAAUUUUGUACUCUGCCUUUUUAUUUUCUUAAAGUUAGUGUCUAUUCUUCCAACU